AUGGCUGGAAUACUUCAGCUGUUGUUACUGAUUAGCGUAAGCGUGGCCUCCGAGCCAUCGUGUCCAGCGUGCUCCAAAUACGACUAUGAGGAGAAGAUGCUCGAGAGAAUGAUUCACAUGGAGCUCGCUUUUGAAAAAUUGGGCGAAAAGGUGCAGCAGAAUUUGAACAAUAUCAAGGAUGAGAAAAAACGUUUUCUCGAGCAAGCAGAACAUAAACUGGCUUCGCUUAUGGACGAGGCGAAGAAAAACCAGUCCAGCACACUGCAGAAGAUUGAAGUGGAUUCUAACAAUACGUUAGAACAAGCUAUGGCCGCAUUCAAUGAUAUAAAAGACCAAAUCGUUACUCCACUUGUGUACUUCAACGCCCACUCUCCACAGACCAGCAGUCUGUCCACAGGUGAGGUGAUAAUGUACAAGACAGUACAGAACAACCCGAGCAACGGCUACAGCUCCACCACGGGCAAGUUCACCGCUCCAGUACGAGGACUUUACUUGUUCCUCAUGCACACAUGUACGCAUUCAAAGUACUUUGCUUUGCUCAAGAUGAUGAAGGAAGGCUCAGUCCUCAUUUCGACUCAAAACUAUGACAAGGACCACUAUACCUGUUCUAGUAGUCAAGUGUUUGUACAGCUUGAUGCCGGAGAAUCCGUCUGGGUACAAUGCUCCAGUGGGGGCUCGAACAGACAACUGUAUGAGGAUCAUCCUUACCGUUGGACCAGUUUUGGUGGUGCUCUCAUUCACAACUGA